AUGAGAGCAGUGGGAAACAGAAACACUAUGGCUGCCACUCUGUCUCUUACUCAGGUAACAGUGUCUUACAACUCAAAUAUAACGACAGCAAACGUCUCAUGGCUCCUGUCUGAUUUGCUCGGAGACAUUUUAGUAUUGUUAAUGAAAGUAUGUGGGCUGAAAGGCGAGCUUAUCUCGAGCCUGAUCCCCCUUUUUGGAAGUUGAGUGCUGCUCUGACUGGGAAAAGUUUCUGCCUAAUCUCUUUGGGGACUGCGUAAGGGCGUAGCUAGCUAGCUAGCCUGCUUGCUAACAGCAGUUUGUGUGAAGUGUUGUGCUGUUUUAGAGCCGCUUUGUCAAACUUGAGAUAAGCCUCGUUGUGUAAAUUGGCUUCAUUUCGGCAGGGAGUGCGUAUAAUCACGUUUUGUGCAGCCUCGUUUUUACUGCAGGCUAGUUAGUUCAGGCUGAAGAGAUGUUAGUACGAGAUAACUCAUGUGUGGCUUAUCUGUCAUAUCUUUGCUCACAUUGUUUUUAGCACAAAUGAACCAAGCAAGUUUUAACAUUAUAGAGUUUGUUAUGAAUUUACAAGAUGCGUAAGUGUUGGACCAGUCGACUAACCACUCUAGGGUUGUUAAACCAGGCAAACGUGCUGUCCUGACUGGGUUUGUGGUUUCUGUGACCUUUCUGAAGUGGACUACAUAUCUGUUAGCUGCUGGGCUGUGUGCUGUCCGCAGUGUUAACAUGUGAAACUCCAAACCGAUGCUGUCUGUUGUUUUGCAACCCAGUAAGAGGAAGUGAGCUUGGGUAGUCACCAGUCAGCACUGCAGUUACAAAAUGCCUCCAACUAUUGCUAGCUAAAUUAAACACUCCAAUGUGUUUGUUUGCUCAGUAAGGAAGUUAUUUAGCAGGCAGCUCCCAGAGGUAUGGCACAGUCUCAGACCUGUUACCUGAGCCACUGUUGCCUCUAUCAACAGAGCAGAACUGUCUGCCACCCACAACAUUUCUCUUUGCUAACUUACAAACCUGUGUUGAUGUCAGUGGUGAAGCAGGCGGUCAACUUCCCCUCUUGAUAUUACAAGUGGUAUUAAUGUGUUUCAUUGCAAAGGGUGGAUAAAGAUUGAGACUCCUUAAACUGCACUGUCCUGUUGAACCCUCUUUACUAUAGGGGGGAGUGGGGUAAGAUGAGCCAAAGGGUAAGUUGAGCCACCCCCUGUUGCUUGGAAAUGGUAAAAGAAUUUGAUCAUUUGACCAAAUAUUUAGGAGAUGGGCAUCAAUUCAUGGAGUCUGUGAAGGUUAGAAGCACAUGGGUGAAGGGGUUAGACAUUUAUUUCCUAAAAAACAACAACAUUUCACUCUUGAAAGUGAAUUUAGUCUGUCAUAAGUUUUAUUAGAAUUGUGUUCAGGCCAAAAAAGAUCAUUUUACAUUUGUUUUAUACAUCAAUUGUGAUAUCUAUGAGCUACAAAAUGAGGUCAAAAACCUAGCAUAAAAGUCCACCGUUUUAGCUUAGAGGACUAAUAAAGUUAUAAUAGUAGUUCUGGGGUAAGGUGAGUCACUUUUUAACACUUAUAUGCAAUAAUAAAAAACAGAAUUAUUGUACCCAUGUAUGGUCAACUUACCCCCAUACACGGGGUAAGUUGACCAUAGGAGACCACUUUUUUUGGCAUGCUAUAUUAUCAAGACAGUUAUGUUUACACUCAUCCUGUUGGUUUGCAGGGAUGCACAACAUCUUGAAAUAUGCAGAUACACUUGUCAGAGACAAAACUAUGAUUGCCUUGAUGUAGUGAUCUGAAAUAUGAAAAAUCAAAGAAUCAGAAUGUCCUUUAUUGUCAUCAUACUAAAAGUACAACAAGAUUGGAGCACUUCUCCUUUUCCAGUGCAAUAGACAAGUAAAAAUACGGUAGUAAAAGAACAAAUAGUCCUAAGAAAGAAGGUACUGUAUGUACAAGACAAGAAUUCUACAGAACAGUAAAAUAAAACAUAUGUAUGAGAAUAAAGUAGAAAGAUAAAUACUAAAAAGAAAUAUCAAAAGUAAAUAUAUGUACGUGUGUUUAUAUAUAUUUAUAUAUGUACAUUUUUUGUAUAUGUAUAUGGACAAAAAUGGCUCAUUAUACCCCACUCUCCCCUAUCUGUAAUGUUUUUCUCUUUGCUGUCUAUCACACUCAUGUAUGGGCUUUCUGGGCAGUGUUUGAGGCUUGUUUUUUCAAUGCUCAAUUAAAGAAUCCCCAGUACAAUGACGACAGUGUUACAGCCGCCAACAGUUCCAGGCACACCAUUGUGUGUCGCAGAAAAGAAGUUGUACAGGCCACGCGAAGAUAAGUGUGUGGACAGUUAUCUGGUGGUAGAUGGCAGUUGACAAAGCUGACACAUAACUAUUCUGAUUGGGGCAGAGUUGUUUCUGCAAGUCUUCUUCUCCACGAAGACAGAUCACCGCUGUACUCAUGCUUUUGUUUAACACUCAGUAGAUUUGGCAGUUUGUUUGAUAUGAACGGCCACUCCCCUAUUGAUUCACAGUUCAAUUUUGCUCCACCUGUUUCCUCCUUUCCUGCACCUGUCGAUUUAAAUGCACCACAACCAGUAUAAUUUUCAUCUAUAUGGAGAAGGAAAUGCUGAUGCCGUUCCUGUUCAGCCUAGCUGUAGACAAUAGAAUAAGAAGAAAGAGGAAAGGGAGGCGUUUAGAGAGGAAAAGAGAACACAGACUUGACUGCUCUCUGUGGAGUGACACCUUGUACUAACUGUCUGAAGCUCACGCUCUGGUUUGUGUCCUUAAGUUAGGGUGUGAGUUAGCAGAAGUGUAUUGUCCUGACUCAGUGUAAGACAGACACUAUAAUUCUCUGGAAAAAGCUUGGGCAAGAAGCUAACAAUAGAUACCCAAGAAACAUUUACUGGUGUCAUCAAGUUAAUAUCUGUUUACUGCUUUUCUUUGCAGUGUAUUGUUGUGAAUUGUUUGUAUCUGGAGUGCUUUGCAGUCGUGGACACCUACAGCUCUGGAGGCGGUGAUUCAGAAAAGUUGCAAUUUUUGUUGUGAUUUGGCGCUAUAUAAAAAAAAUUGAUUUGAUUUGAUAAUUAAAUUAUUAUUUGUCGUGUUGCCUAACUCUAUAUGGUGGUCAGCCUUCCCAAACUGUUCACGUGGUGGAAAAAAUGUCACUUUAUUUAAUGUUAAACAGACCUUACAAGAGCUGUAGGGCAGACCAAACUAGACGAUAUUUGCACAUUUUUUUCUAAGCAUUGAUUUAAGUCAGCGUGUUAAUGUUUCACAAGCAAAUGUUUUUCAUAGCUGCUGUAGUAAAAGCAAAGGGUAUGGGUCUGAUGAGUUAUGAUGAUUUGAAGAUAUUGGUUAAAGUCUGUGUCCUUCAUUCUCCAUCUGUAAUGGAUCAGACUCCUUUUCCCUCACAGCUGUCUCGGCUCAAGAGAUGAAAUGCUUGUGGGAGUCUUGUUCGUCGUUUGAGCUUAAACUACUAAAAGUGCAGAAUUAAGAGAGGAUUUGAAUGUGUUUGUAUAUUCACAGUCUGAUCAUUUUGAGUGUAACUAACCACUCAGUCAAAUAACUGGGCACAAGUAGGGUUGUCGAAGUUUUUGAGGUGAUCCCAGAUAUGGUAUGUGAAAGAGUUUGGUAAACUCUUAAGAUUCACUGUUUUUAUGAUAAUAUUUAUUUCUUUGUCUUCACAGCUUUCCAGUGGAAAUCCCAUUUAUGACAAAUACUACCGGCAGGUAUGGAAAACAUCCUCCUCAAACCUUGAAGUUUAGUGACAAGAUUAACCAUAAAGUCUUUUAUGAAGUACUACGUCUUUCAUGUUGCUUAAAAAGGUGCAGCGUUUUGUUUUUUUGUUAGGAAUUAGUAUCAAAGACCAAUUUGAAGAUGAUUUGACUUUUGUGAUCGAGGCAAUACUUCUUUUACACUUGAAUACACUCUAACUCUAAACUCAUCAUUGCUGUUUUCCUAAUAAGCUGUAGCGUUCUGGUGAACAGUGAUCUCUCUUCUCUUCUAUCAGCUCUAACCUCUGUGUCCAGUAAAGGAAGUCUCCCUAUGAAUUAUUAAUGUUUCCCUUUGCCCAACAUGUCAGGGGAGCUCGCUGUUAGCCUCAUGAAAGACUACUCACAGAUCCAAUGUCAGGCUAAUCAACUGCUGAGGAAAUAGCUUUGGUUUAUCACCAGUAUUGAUUUAAGUGGAUCCUCCUCCUUAGGGGAAAUCCUCACAUAUUUUUCAGUAACUUUUUAAUUGCCUACGUCUUCCUGAUUGAAACUGCACUAAGAGCUUUUUGUAUAAUGUUUAAAAGCUACCAGCAAAUUAGAAAUUCAUGACCUUUCGUAUUGUUGUUUCUUUGCACUCGGAUGAAAUAGUCUCGGGUGAUCUAUAUAUUUUUUUGGCUGUCUGUGUGUAGGUUGAUCCGACUGGCAGUGGGCGGGUGGCAGCAGCAGAUGCAGCUCUGUUCCUAAAGAGGUCGGGCUUGGCAGACUUGAUCCUGGGGAAGGUACGAGUGACCAAAAUCACUGUCGCAGCAUUUCUGUUCUCUUGUCUUCGCUGUUUAUAUUGAUGGUAAUAAAUGGAUAAGCCGUAUGUGUCUCCAUAGAUCUGGGAUUUGGCAGACUCUGAACGCAAAGGUGCUCUUAACAAACAGGUAACGGUGAAUAGAUGAGUCAGAUCGUGCUUAAUUUGUCUGUUUAAAGCUCAAAAAGUGUGAAUUCUCACUGCAAUUUGUCACAAACUGUGUUUCUCCUCAGCAAUUCUUCAUAGCCUUACGGUUAGUAGCCUGUGCUCAAAAUGGCCUGGAGGUGGCACUCAAGAGCCUUAAUGUGGCUGUUCCUCCCCCCAAAUUUGUAAGUUUCCCUUUUGCAUUUCACCACAUAUUCUGUCCGUCAUAUAAUAUUUAUUUUCUUGGUAAUUUGAAAUAAGCCUUUGACAUUCUGUGUAAUCAGAGGUGUUUAUAGCAAAACCUGAACCCUAACCUCUUUUCUACAUCUUUUUACUUCAAUGCCAUCACAGUGAAAUAUAUUACUUAGUUGUUUUUUUUUAUGUCCAACUCAGAUUUUGGGAUCGUACAUACUUUGAAAGAUAGCUACAAUAACUAUUUUUAUCUCCCAGCAUGAUACAAGCAGCCCGCUGUUAGCAGGAGGAGUGGCUAUUGACAUUCCAUGGGUUGUCAAGGUGAGGCACAUGCAACUUUAUUUUUCAUUUUCAUUCUUUAAUGCAAGAAAAUAAUGUUUUUACAUUUGUAGAGCGGUAUACUUUCCUUCUCAGUAAUAUAAAUCCUGCAUUAAUUAAAUAGAGCAUGCAUAUAUAGACCACAUAAUCUGGUCUUUUGUAUCUUGAUCACAUAAAAUGUUGGUUAUAACGACCAGGCUCGAUAGAGACUGAGACAUUUUUAGCCAUAAACACAACUACCUAUUCUGAUUUCUAAUAUGACUGAUCUGUUUGACACCCAUAAAACAAAUUGUAAUUGUACGGAAAGUGAAUUUGUCUUCACAGAUGAUUCCUUGUAAUUUCUUGUGUUGUUCAUUCUCAAACAUUGCCUUUUGUGCUUCCCUGUGAAUGUAAUUAUCUUACAGAAACUCGGGUACAUAGGGAAUAUGUCCAGGCUCAGGACUCUGCUUUGAUUCAGAGUGUAUUUACUCAGUUAAAUAACUUUUUUUUUUUCCAGCCUGAAGAGAAGAUGAAGUUCGACUCCAUCUUUGAAAGUUUGGGUCCAGUAGGAGGAAUGCUCACUGGAGACAAAGUCAAGCCUGUGUUACUCAACUCCAAACUGCCAGUGGACAUCCUGGGCAGGGUAUGGUCCCAGAACACGACGCUUGAUGAUCAUUAAUACCCUUAGAAAUUAUACAAGAAGUAACUUGUUUCCAGCUAUAAAAUGACUUGAUCAUUAUCCCAGAUAAGAUGUUUUGUUUAUAUCAAACUGUGUGAAUGACAAAAGGAAAUCAUACCAUGCAGAAAAUUAAAAAAAAUAAAGGAUCUGAAAUCAAAAAUCAGCCGAGUGGGAAAAUGAAAUCAAAGAGGAAGUGAGAAAAGUAGUGAGUCAGGGUUUUGUGGGAAGUUUGGUAAUCAUACAUACUGAAUAAUAAUGUGUGUGUGUGUGUGUGUGUGUGUGUGUGUGUGUGUGUGUGUGUGUGUGUGUGUGUGUGUGUGUGUGUGUGUGUGUCUGUGUGUCUGUGUGUCUGUGUGUCUGUGUCUGUCUGUGUGUGUGUGUGUGUUGAAGGUUUGGGAACUGAGUGACCUCGACAGAGAUGGCAUGCUGGACAAAGACGAGUUUUCUGUGGUAAGAGAUGCGAAAAUAUUUUACUAUCAGAAAGAAAAUCACAAAGAUGCUUUCACAGUCUGAAAAUAAUUACAUCCAAAUGCGUUUUUUGAAUUUUUAUAUUCACAUUUGUUCUGAUUUAAUCAGUGUGUUACAGUGUUGAUCUCUCUGGCAUUAAAGUCAUAUUAAAAUAAGCUCUUGUUUAAAGAAAGGAGCUUUUCUUUAGGCAUCAUCGUCAGGAAAUUGUUUGUGUAGGAAUAUUUGUUUUAACACACAAACUAUGUCCAUGUUUUUGUGUUAACGUAUGUUUUACAUGCAGUCUGUGAAGCUUUCAUGAGAUGGGAAAUCAUUUCCACAGCCCCGAAUGGUGCUGAUUCCAGACAUUUGGAUGUCGAGUGAAGAGUUUGAAAUUACAGGAUGGUAAUUUUUCUCUCAUUGAUCUUUUUGGCCUUUCCCAGGCAAUGUAUCUGGUGUACAGAGCACUGGAGGGGGAGCCUGUUCCUAUGUCCCUACCACCCCCUUUGGUUCCACCCUCAAAGAGGAAAAAACCCUCCGUGCCUCCUGUGAUGCCCCUCUUACCCUCCCCUCCCUCAGUCAAAGACAGUCGCUCCUCCCAUGCUGGCUCUAAGACCAUGCCCCACCCCCCUAAACCCGCUCCAGCUCCUGCCCCAACACCAGCAGCUGCCCCUGUGAGUACCUGACCAGUCUAUCCUAUCCUGAUCCUGCAGGAGGAGUGCUCUGAAUGCUUAAUUUCUUAGUACCAAUCAGCUGUAACAGAAACAUUUAGGAUGAUCUCAGAGUGGCUAGUUCAGUGUGUUUUUCAAAAGAGAAAGGAAAAAGGCUUUAUGAUCGUAAGUAUGCUUUGAGAUACCUCCAUGUCCAAAUACUAUAUAAAUGUCAUCAUGAAGCUUCUUUGGUGCUAUUUGAGUCUUUGUGUUGCCUGUGCAGUGGGUGGUGUCGCCAGCAGAUAAAGCAAAGUACGAUGAGCUGUUCAGCAAGACAGACAGUGACAUGGAUGGACUUGUGUCUGGACCUGAAGUCAGAGACAUCUUCCUGAAAACGGGGCUGCCCUCUGCCACACUUGCACGUAUCUGGUAAGCAGGCACAUCAACCUUCAAGAAAGUAUAUCGGCUAGUUGUGAAGUUUUCUUUUAACGAGUGCUACACUGUCUUCAUCUAAAUAUCAUCGGUCUUUAUUUCAGUCUUUGUUCAGUAGUAAAGUCAGGUCAAUUUCGUCUCAUCAGUGAAUCACACUUUUUUGCUUCAGUGACUUGAAAUUGAACACAGAAAGAAAACCCUCUGUCUUUGGACCUUUCUUUGGCUGGUAAAAUUUCUCUCCAAAAACAUAUUUUCUUACAAAUAAAACUAGAAAACAGCUAAAGGUAGAGUGAAAAAGGCUGACCGGAGACAGGAGACAGGGACAUAAAUGUUAGAGAGCAGGCGUCUCAUGUACGGAGGCCUUGCUGCCCCGGUCUUAGGGUUGAUUGGUGUUGUUUAGUGCAUGUCGUUCACUCUCUCUUUUCCUAUGUUCUCUCUUUCUCUAAAAGCUGCCUGUCAAAUAAAGGUAAAAAUAUGAUUUUAAAGCAGUACUGAAUCUAUGGAGUACAGAAGGUUAAUAUCGGCUAAAAGAGGGCAAACAAAUACGAUGAUCAUCGCAUCUGGCGGAUUUCAUUAGGCCACUCAAAUUGGGAGUUAUAACAUGCAGAACAGGAUUUAAGAAAAUAUAUCGAAUUUCACUCAAGGUCACUUUCACUAAGAGUUCCAAAACGUAGUCAAGGAUGAUAAGAUGGAAAUAAACAUGCAAUCCCUUUGGUUAUUAAAUAUGAUUUCAACUUGUGUGAACAAAAUGAUUUUCAUUUAAACUGCAGUGCCUCAUAUUGGUGCAUUAAAAAAAGGAUUCAUACAACUGCAGUUAGUGCUGACACAUGCAACCAGGCAGUAUCAACCCAUAUGGAUUUUAUGUCCCCACAGCAUGUCGUCCUGUUAAUUGGUUUCCGUAGCCACGGCCAUGGCAAUAAGUUGGCUAUCAAAAAUAGUGUUCGCUGCCUGAGGUGGGAAUCAUUACUCUCUUAUGUAACGUGUUUGUUCGUGUUCUCAGGGAGCUUUGUGACAUUGGAGACAUCGGAAAACUGACACGAGAGCAGUUUGCCCUAGCACUUUACCUGAUCAAUCAGAAGCUGACGAAAGGCCUGGACCCUCCGCAGAGUCUCUCCCCAGAGAUGAUCCCUCCAUCUGACAGACUAAACAUAAAGCAGGUGAGUCGGUCAGAGCGCUCUUUGUAUAUAACUAAAUCCUCUGGGUGUCCGGAUCAUUUAUAUAGUCUCAGUCUAAUAUGAUAAUGUGCCUCAAGGGACAGAAGUUAAGCUUGAACGUCAAAACAUUAACCAGAAAAUCCUUCAUAAUCAGGCUGAUGAUGUUUUAUAUUCGGAGAAGUAGAACAACAAUGUUAUUUAGUGAUUAUAGUUGUUAUUUUUAGUUAUUAAAAACUAUCUCAAACCAUAUGCUGCUUGUUUCUUAGAUUAAACUUUGAUUCAUGUUGUUUCUUCUGUCCCUUUUGGUCUGUUUGUGAGCUGUACACCUUUUUUUAAGCUUGCAGCUGUGUGUCUAUUUAUCCCGUUAUCUGCUUGUUAUAUUCAUGCCAUCCACCUCAGACAUGCCGCAGGAUAAUCUUAAGUGAGUGUGAGUGUGUGUGUGUGGUAGUUGAUCAACUUGGUGGCGUCUUGUUACAUAGAGCAGCUUGUUGUUUGUGGACUUAUCCUAUAGAGGUAGAUCGCUGACAAGUUUGGAUAUUUGAAGUAUUUUGGGAUGAAUCCAAGAACACCAUAUUGGAUCAGUGGACAAAAAAAGUUUCAAGUUGUCUUUUUUUUUUUUUUUUUUAAAUUCUUGAAAAAAGAUACAGUUUGUUCAUUUAAACAAAAUCGUUGCAGCCUUAAUUUCAUUAAUUUUUUUCCUUUAGAACAUCAUUAUCCUUAAGUCAGUCUCCCUCCCAUCCCUGACAUUUUAUGCCUCCAUUUGUUGUUUCAUGUAUGAUUACUGUAAAUCUGUACAGAUAUGUUGCCUGGCUGAUGCUUCAUCGCCUUUCUUCUCUGAUAUAAUUUUGUCUGGUGUGAAAAAUAUGUCUUUACCCUCUAUUUAUGAUUUAGGGGUUAUUCUUUGCCUUGAACAUUGGUCAGCGUUCGUCUUUCUUCGUCAUUUAAUUCUGUCAUCUCCCACCUCUCUUCUCCAGAACAACCUGGCUAACCUUGCAGCUGACUUCUCUGCCAUCAAGGAACUGGACUCCCUCAGCAACGAGAUUGUGGAGCUACAAAGGUACACUGUUGUUGUUGUUCUUCAUGUAGAAACUGUGAAAACUCUCCCAAGUCUUGCAGCUUAUAUCUCUAGUAAUGACAAAAGGUGGCCAAAAGAUUGCCUGUAGAGGUCAGACAGCUAUUUCCAGAGGGAUAUAGUUAUGUUAUGUAUCUUUUGACUAUAUUAAGUCACAGGUGUCAAACUCAAGGCCCGGGGGCCAAAUCUGGUCCGUGGAACAAUUUCAUCUGGCCCAAGAGAUCAUAUUGUAUUUGCAUUGUUAUUGGCCCACCAGUGCGAAGUCUGCAGAUUUCCUCCAGUAUAAUAUUGUAAACUUUAGCACCAUUAUUUAAAAUAUCCUUAAAAAAACACAAAAAUCUGGGACAGUAAAGAGUAAGGAAGAUUUUAUAAAUAGUCAAGAAUGUGGGGUAAAAAAUAAUUGGUAUUUUAUUUCUAAUUUUCAAUUUUGAAUCCAAAGAUUACAAGUCAAACAUUACAUUAGACUUGUGUCAUUUUUAUACUUUAGAUUCCAAUUUAUAAUUUUUAAUUAAUAUUUUGACCUUUAAAUAUGGUUUCAACUUUCUCCUUAUAUAUUCGCUCUUUAAAGCAUUAUUUUUCUAUUUUUAAUAUCAUGUUCUGAUCUUUUGAACUAAUAAAUAAAAAUAAAAAAUAAAAUAAUUUUUUCUAUCUCAGUUUGCCUUUAAACUUUCAAAUGAUUUUUAAUCCUUGCUGUUUUUGUUAUAUAUAUUUUGAAAAGGAGGUUGACAGUUUUGGUGAAAUGUUGACCCUGUUUGGCCCUCAGGUUAGACCUAAAUCCAGAUUAUGGCCCUUGCUGUGGUUGAGUUUGACACCCCUGUAUUAAGUGAAAAAGAUGUCUUGAGUUUUGUUCAGCGUCUUAAUGUCAGAUUCAUGAAACACUCUUGGAUUUGAAUCAGGGAGCUGUCUGCUCUCAGUCGGACCGUUUUCUGUAUCCUGUACUGAUAAGUCUGGAUGCAGUGUGUUUGUCUGGUAGAGUCAGCCUUUUAUUGGUUCCAGUCUACAGGAUUAUGUCACUUUCACACAUUCAGACGUUUGUGCCAAUGCUUACUCCCACGGCUUCCGAGAAAAUUGAUAAAACAACACUUGAAUUUUUGUUCUGGCCACCAAAUGCAGCAGAAUUAGCUGGAUUAGGCAGCCACUAUCAGAUGACUGGAUGGAAGAGGAAAAUGUAAUUAGACCAUCUAUGAAACUUAAAGCACAUUUUCACUGCCUGUUUAUGUUCAGUAUCGCUUCAGUGGAGUAUUUCUAGUUCUAAAGAUAUUUUAACAUUUUCAACACAAGCAUGUUCUUAAAUAGUUUCGUCUAUUUUUUACAGGCUUUGGCCACACUUCCUCUUUUAUUCUAAAAUACAUUUGCAGAUGUUUUUGCACCACACUUCUUUUUUGUUUUUGCUUAAGUUUCUUUUACCUUAAAAUUUUCUUUCUGUCUUAAAAGUCCAAUGCAAAAACCUUUCAAUCUCUUUGUGAAUGAUACUCAGUUGUUGAUAUCAGGCGUUCAAAGUUUAACUCGAAGAGCUAUCACAAUAGUUCCCAGCUGUGAAAGCUGAGAGUGAGAAGUGAGAAAACGCACACUGACAGCUGUGUGUUCAUGCAAAAGGACGUAAAGAAAAGGAAACUCGGUAUGACACCGCGAUCAGAGCUUCAGACGGGCAUCAGAAGAGAGGAGCUUGAAAAGAUGAUUCAUGUUUGUAACUGCUUCAAAAUCUGGCAGCAACACCCUCCUGUCCAUGAUGAUGAGGAGAGGGAGGGUGAGGGUGAUAAUGGGUGAGUGUUAGAGAAUAAGAAUGAUACUCAGGUGGAGCUGACUGAUGCUCCACUGCAGGGACAUGCACAGUUUUAUGUCAUUUGAUAAAAGAGAGAGAGAGAGAGGAUGUAAAGACGACUGAGGAUAUUUUUAGUCUGUGUAGGAGUAGAUGGCAAAGACGAUGUUAUGGUUUAAGGUUGAUGCCAGAUCUUUUUAUUCUCAGUCGUGUUGUUCUGUGUUUUAUAACAGAGCAUGUAUUUGCAUAGCUUAAAGGAAAUCACAUAAACAGUGAGAGCUUUGAUAAGGAGAAUACUUUAGUUUUGAUUUACAUUUACUAUAGAUUUAAUAACUAUGGACUCGUACAGCAUCAACACUUUCACUGUAGUGCACAAAAGUUAAGCACCAAUCUGAAGUAAAAAUCUCCCAUCGAGUAUUUGUGAAAAAGCGAAGCACACAUUUUUAACUGUGUUUUUUAUGCGAGUUAUGAUGCAUCCCGUUCCACUUCCUCUCUUCUCUGGCGGGGCGGAUGAAAGAGUGCAGGAGAGAGGAUGAACAUUCGUGUGGCACAAAUGAUAGAAGUUGAAGGUUGGCUCAUCAUCACUCAUCCCUCCUCCCUCACUUCCUCCCUCCAUCCUCAAGGCAGCCAUCUGCUUCUCACUCCUCAUCUCCCACACAUUUGACUGAGCCAGCACAUGCUCACUUUCUCCAUCACUCACCCUCAUCGCGCUUACAGAGCCGCAGCUGAAGUCUUGCACACACUCCAUUUUAUGUUCUUUUUUACCAUAUCACUUCACACUCACACACCUGCUGUAGCUGCAGGCGCCUCGCGUCCUCUUUUUCCUCUCUCUUUCCCGUGCAAGUGGAGUUUGUGAUUUGAGGACAUCAUGGUGGCUCAGGGAGAGGAGACUUUUGGGGUUCAGGGGCAGGGGAAAGAAGGUUUAGUGGAGAACUGGCUGGGACUGGGUGGGUUUGGAGUACCGGGUCUACCCUCUCUGUCCUCUGUGGCUAAAUACUCGUGUCUCUUCUGCUGGGACCCCAGGGAGAAGAGCACUGUGGAAGAGGAGAUCAAGGAGAAGGAGGAGGCCAUCAGACAACGCAGCAGCGAAGUGCAGGUAAGGUCUCCAUGUCUCUCUUUGUCUGUUUGUGGGAUUUCUGGGAAGACAAAAUCAAGGGCACGCUACAUAUUUAGGAGAAUGUCCGUGAAAUCAUUGUAAUAUUGCUGUUGCUACUCAUACAAAUGAAUACAGGAGCUCAUGUAUGUAUUUCAGCGUCUCCUCCAUUUUAAAUAAAUCUCUGGACCAGACAGCAGGUGCUAAAGGAGUCGUCCACUUUUGUUGUAAUGGAUAUACUGGAGGAGAUCAAUAAUACAUUUGGCCGCCAGUCUCAGGCGCUUGUUCAGAAACACAGUUAAUGUUCCUCAGCAGAGAGGGGAAGGCUGGUGUCCUUGUGUAGGCGUGUCUGUCUGCUCUGAGCCUGAGAGAUGGGCUCUAUUUUGGGAGCUGAUGGCUUAAAGGGCUAGUCUGCCCCGCUUUUGAAGUUCAGUCCGAUUUUGGAGCUUUAGGGUGAAACUCAGGAGAGUCUCAUGUUGAUGUUGCUGAAUUUCUCAGCUGCUCUGCAGAGUAGCCUUUGCUGUUGGAUGUCUAUAUUUGAACGUGUUUUGUAUACAUUAUCCUGGAAAAUGACUCACUGUCAAGAUCCUUGUUACGUCUUUGACGUAGACUGCGCAGUAGUCGGAAAGCCCGAGAAUUUGUGUGGCACUUGCGCAAUUUAGCCAGGAAGGCAAACAUCCGGCACAAACAAACCAAAUCUACACUAGGGCUACAUCCUGAGCAGGAAAGUAAUUUUCAGGUGAAGAUAUUUACACUAAAAGCAUUAUUUUGUUUUUACAGCACAUCCUCUCAGCUGUAGAAAAACAGGUGACUUUGUGCAAAAUCAGAAUAAAUUUGUACAUGUAUGAUGGGUGUGGAGAGAAUAAAACAGCAGUUUUAACAUUGUGCAACAUGAAAAUUUAAGUAUGUCACUCUUAUUGCAAAAAAAACAAAACAAAAAAAAAAGUAAAAAGAUGCUUAAAGAGCCACACACACUCAAUGCAUAUAAUCAAGAUGCAGGAUGUAGGACAGAUUACUCUGCAUGUGCAUGGAGAACUCAUGCAAUAUUCACACACCUCAACAAAUGAAGCGAGCUGCAUGCAGGUCUUCAGUUAAACACACAUAAGCAAACAGUGACAGGAGACAAAAAUACCAACACCACCAGCCUCUGAAUCCACAUUUCAUUUAAUUGCUAAACAUGGAUCAUUCUCAAGUGCAUGGAGGUGGUUUGGCUUUGAAAAGGCGGAUGCUGCUCAAAAGACACCAGUGUAACAGAGUGUUCGACUGCUAACUUGUUUCGUCUGCCAAUUGAGCACCACAUAAAAUAAAAAGGAUUGGAACCGUUCAGAAAUCCACAGUCAAGUAUGACACUAGCCAGCCAAGAUAAAAAAUAAAAAAAAAGCACUCAACAAACUUUGGCGGAGUCAUUCUUGUUUACAUUAAAGGGAAGUGUCAGUUUAAAAUACUCUAGUGUUAGAUUUAGUCGGUCUUUGUGUAAUACUUAGUAAAUCUUGUAGCCAACCUUGCAAUGGUUUACUCAAACUUGUGUUGUUUGAUUUUAAUACCCGCUUUUGUAAUUUCAGUGUUUUAUUUAUUUUAUUUUAUUACUUUAUUUGAAGGCGGUAGAUGUGACCAGUGUUUGUUCAUUUUUUAACAACAGAACAACACAUGUUUUCAGAAAUUAAAAAUGUUCAAAUAAAAAAAUAUAUUCUGGUCACAAGGGGUGGACGAUAUGGGCUAAAGAAUUUAUCACGAUAAAAGUCCCGAUAAACAAUAUUAUAAUUAACUCAUUCUUUCUUGAGAACCCCACAACCAUUGCUCUUGGGUGGCACUUACCAGUUGGAAUAGUCAAAUAAGAUACUUAACCACAAAUUUAGGUUGUAGAUUAUGGAGAAAACUAGUGACAUCAAACAAGUCUGAAAUGUGAAAACACUUUCAACAUUAAUUCAAAACUCUUCUUGCACAGAGUGAACAGCAGCAGCAGAUCCAAAGUUCGAUGUCAGACAUACCUGCUUGCACUUUUUUAAGCCUCAAUCUUGAAGGAAAGUUUAUCACUUUUAUGGCGAGAUGGCAAAAUAUUUAUCGUGGAGGAUUUUUCUGACAAUAAAUCGUGAACAAUAAUUUAUCAUCCAUCCCUACUGGUCACUGUUCUCGUUAAAUACACGUCAACUUGGCAUCAAAUUUACCUGUUUAACAAUCUGCGUCCCUUCAACCUCGGUGAAAUACCCCCUGUCUCUGUGGACUGAAAGUAUGAUUGUUUUGAAGCACCACUACUCUGCUCAUGAGUCACUUCUUGUGUUUGAUGAGUAUACUGCGAACUUCUGCCCUGGCACAGUGGAGUGAGACAGAGGAGGGGGUGAGAUGGCUUACAAGAAUCAAAACAAGGUCUCCUGAGGGCUUUCUUUCCUUUGUUACUCAUAUGAAUUGUCAUUGCUGCCCAGGUUUGGUCUUUUUUUUUUUCCAACACUAUUUCUCCUCUUUGGUUUGAUGUUUGCAGGAUUUACAAGAUGAGGUGGCGAGGGAAAGUGAGGAUCUGCAGCGGCUCCAGACUCAGCGUCAGAAGGUUCAGGAGGCCUUGGAGGAGCUGGACCAGCAAAAAAGCACCCUGGAGGAGCAAUUGUCUCAUAUUCGCCAGCAAACCAGCCAAGAGACCCAACUGGUAGGUCCCUCAGAAUUAUUUUCUUGUACUGCAGGUUCAUUUAGUGCAAUAGAGAAAAGACAUGAUACAUAAAUCUCAGCAAAGUCACACAUUUCAUCCUGCAGCGUCACUCUGUUAAAUCCAUACUGGUCAAAUGUAUCACAGAUUUCAUCGCUACAGUCGGAGCAUGAGGAGCAGGAGCAUAAGAUCUGUCAGUACGAGGAGGAGCUGGUCCAGGCCAGAGAGGAGCUCCUUGCUCUGCAGGAGGAGAGCAGGAAGCUGCAGGAGAAGGUCCAGGCAGCUCAGGAGCAGCUUACACCUUUGAAAGAGUCCGUCAGGGACUCCUUUACACAAGUUGCACAGGUCAGCCUCAUGCUCAUCAAGUUUUCUUUCUCUGCUGACAGUGAAUCCAGAUGCUUGAUUUGAUCCGUGGUUCUGUUGGUGCCCGAUUACUGUCUGUUGUAGGCUAUAUCAGAACUUUUUCUACAUCCAAAGUUGAUUCCGUCCUUGUUAGUACUUGCUACUUUUAGGAUCUGAAGGUAAUUUUUAGACCACCCACUGCCUCCCACAGGAUCCCAGUCCUAAUGCAACCCCUAUUCUUAUGUCCCUUACACUUGUCCCUGUCUCGGCUCUCCUAGGUCCAGCAGAAACUGAACGAUCUUCAGGUAGAGGAGAGGUCAGUCACUGCUCAGCUCAGCUGGAAGAGGGCCCUGGAAGACAGUUCUCCUGUCAUGAUGAACGGAUCAGCAGGCCCCUCUGCAGAGCUGAACCAGGUGGACCCCUUCCAGCAGGACCUCUUCCAGGAGGACCAACCGAAAGAGCUGAAAGAGGAAGAUCCAGUCAGUAUCUGGAAUCAGCAGACAGAACUUUCACAACAAAAAGAGAAGAAAGAAGAGAAGGAGAAAGAUGAUGGAGAGGAGAAGGAAGAAGAGAGUUUAAAGAUCCCAGAGGAAGAGAAGCAGAAGCCUGAUGCCCUGGAUGAUCUGUACACUAGUUUAGCCUCAUCUGAGCUGUACAAUAAUGUGUCCACGCUCACUAAGUCCCCGGAAAACACAGUGAAGGUAAAACAUCCAAGAAGAAAAGCUCUUCAAAGCUCUUACAUAUCUCUUCCUUAAAAACAGUUCAGAGCUUUUUUCCCUCUUCAGUUCUGAAAAUUUAAUGAAACAACAAAAUGUACUCGAUAUUCAUCUUCUGGAAGUGUAUCACACUUAAUUUACACAUGGUACAGUGUUAGUAAAUAUAACAUAGCCCCAAGAUAAGUGACAGUUCAUGUUUUCUCAAAACAUCUCCAGGAACAAAGUAGCACUACACCUGACGUCUCCUCAGAGGUCACAGAUGAUGCAGAGGAGUCACCUAAAGAGAGCUCACCAAAGGUAAAGGAGGCGUGUGUCACACAGAUGGUAAAAAGCAGGUCUGUGUUGUCUUUGUCUUUUUUUUGUCUUGUGUUGCAUCAGCUGAGCAGACGGUCACUUCAUCAGUGGAUUUGAUUUGAUCUUAAUGUUGCAUUUAAGAGCUUACACACGUCAAAGAUGGCCUUUAAAUAUCGACUGUGACAUAAGCUCUGUGAUAAAAUAAUGCCAAAUCUGAUCAUAGGUUACAAGAUUUAAAUUUUGUAAAAAUGCAGUAUGAAUCUAUGAUCAAACCCGUCCUGACGUUCACUUACUUCUCCAAAUUUUACAUGUAAACACAGCAUUUCUGUUCAUCAGGUUUCAUCGCCAGAACCAGAGAGAAAACAGGAGCCAGCAGAGUCCCCGGAAACCAAUCCACCCUCGUUACCCCCUCAAAGCAGCCCUCAGUCUCAGCCUCCUCAAACUGAUCCUCCCUCCCUCCCUGAGAUGGACUUCUUUCAUUCAGACCCCUUCACUGAUCGUGAGUCCCAACAAACAUCUCAAGAUUGUUUUGAUAGAUUUAAGAAGUUUUGACUGUUCAUUUUGAAGCGUUUGUGUAUCUUUAGAGUGAGUGGGUUUCCAGUGUGAGUGGCUAAUGGUACCAGAGGCUUGUUAGAUUAAUGCAAUUUGGUCAAAGUGAAGAUAUGUUUGUUGUCCUUACAGAAGAUCCGUUCAAAGAUGAUCCAUUUGGAAAAGCAGAUGCAGCAGGUCAGUUCUUGAUGUUUGUUUUAACUGAUAUCUGAUUGGCAUCUUUCAGCCAUAAACCAAAAUUAACAACAACGUUCACAUCAAGUAACUUUUUGUUUUGAUUUUGUAAUUCAGAUCCGUUCGGGGGAGAUCCAUUCAAAGGGUCAGACCCCUUUGCUGCAGACUCUUUCUUCAAACAGAACCCCAGCGCAACUUUUUCCUCAGAGGACCCCUUCUCUGCCUCAGCUGACCCAUUCAGUACCACUACUGGAGUGCCAGAACCAGACCUCUUUGCAUCCAGGCCCAAUGACACAGCAGCUGCACCCACACCACCAGCAGCAGCAGCUGAUCCAGAUCCUUUCACCUCCAAAUCUACAAAUCCAACGGCAGCAGCUAAGGAUCCAUUUAGCUCCACAGGGAACAAUGUGGCCAGUUCUGACCUGUUUGGGGGCCAAACAAAUGCCAUCGGGGAGGCAGAUCCAUUCGGAUCUCAGGAUGGAGGAGCGGAUCCCUUUAGCUGCUCUUCACCUAACUCUGACGUGGCUGUGGUGAGUGACAUGGCCACAAUCAGGAACCCCAGAUCCUUUUAAAAAGUUUAAGGUCUUAGAUUGUCUUAAAGGGAUAUUCUGGCGUAAAAUUAAUUUAGGGUCAAACACACCCUAACACCGAGUUAGACACCCCCUCUCGAGAGAUGAAUGUUGCCGACCGCUUGCUUCUCUACUUAUACCAACUUUAGUAAAGACCGCACAAUAGCAAUACACAGCAGACUGAGGAGCCAUAAACAAACCUCCACCAAAAAGCCACUCUAUAGCCACAAAUAAUGCUCAGAACAGCACCUAACUUCAUCAACAGUACAUAUAGGGUCCCAGCCAUAGCAUUAGCCACCAGACAUCGUUUUAGCUUUGCCUGAUUUCUUUAGCAAAGAGACUAAACACAACUCACCUACUCUCUUCCAGCAGCCGCUUGUUUGUAGCGAGACCUCAGGCCAGUCCAUUACAGACUGCUGUGGGGUGACGCAGCUCAAGGAAGAACAUUUAUGAUCAUUUUUUCAUGGAAAUGCAAUCAGACCGAGAUGCUAAGGCAGAAGAACUACUGCGUCUGCAGUGCAAAAUUAUUAAUAUGAUGAUUAUUACUUCAAGGAAAUGACAAAGUAAUGAUUUAAAUAAUUAAAUUUUUUUAAAUUAAAUUUAAUCAAUUGAUUCUAAAUUAAUUUUAUGUCGGAAUAUCCCUUUAAAGGUCUUAUUUUCUCUUGUGAGAGGACUUAGAUUUCAGAUGUCAAAGUGAUAUUUUAAAAUUAAUCAAAUCUACACUAUUUAAUGUUACAUGAUUUUAAAAUCUAUUUUUGUGGUUUUCUUUUUGACACAUGACACAAACAACACCUGUUAGAUAUGUUAUGGUAGCUACACAAGCUGGCACUAAGCUUACUAAGCUGCAUCCCCCUGAUAGAGUGAUGGGAUGUCACAAAGUCUAGCCUACUCAGGCUCUGUUUGUGUUUUCAAGUAAUCCUCCUGAUCUGUGAUUGAGAUUUUCUAUUUCCGUCUCGUUGAUGUAUAUCUUUACUAAACUUCAUCUCAAAGGCAAAAAGUUUUGCUUUGAGACUUCUUUGUAUUCAUGGAACAACUGGUUCAUGGAACAGUAUACAGUGUCUUUACUGUAUAGAAGAAUUUACAGGUUACCGAGCAUUAUGUAAGUCAAUACAUAAAAUUGAGCUAAUACAACUUCAUUAAAAUGUACUCCAGCUUCAGCAACUGCAAAAAUAAAGUGAUCGACACGGCAGUGCAUUAAUUAUUACACUGAAAUAAUAAAAUAGUAUAAUAUAUAUCCCCAAGUGGGCCAUUCUGCACAAUAACUAUUAACACCCCUUAGACAGAAAACACAAUGUGCAGUUUCUUUGAUAUGUUGAAGAUUUACUGUCAGUAUAUUUUUUCUGGCUUCAGUCCCUCUAACUCUUUUUCAGAAGGACUCAGCUGCAUCCAAUGACCCCUUUGCUCCAGGUGGCACUACAGUCAGCGCCAACUCAGAUCCAGGUAUGAUGUGUACUAUAGUGCCACCUUGUGGGAGUAGAUCUUACUGCGGGGUGGUCUAUCAUAUUAUCUUUUUGAAGUCCUUUUGUACAAAAUACUUGAUGAAGAGUAUCUUUGACACGCUCCUGUGCUUCAGAUCCAUUUGCUGCUGUGUUUGGUAACGAGUCCUUCGGAGGGGGCUUUGCAGACUUCAGUGCCUUGUCAAAGGUAAGCGGGGGUUGUGGUUCAUUCAGUUCUCUCGUGUUGGGGAGUUUAAACACGCAGAGUGUAGUGUUGAAUUUAUUGCCCAUUGAUGUGAUGGUGCAAGUAUAAACUGUUGCGAAACAGUGAAUUCACUUCUACAAGCAGAACAUACAGGAAGAGUGUGAGUGAGUUGUUGAGUGCGUUGUGGUUUUUUGGAAGGAAAUAGCGGGAACACUUCUCUUCUACUCUCCCUACCCUGCGGAGGAAAUAUUCACCAAACCACAUCGUAUCAAAAGUAACCCCAGAGUGUCACAGAUUUCGUGUUUUGACCUUCUCUUUCAGUCAAACGGCUCUGACCAGUUUGGCAUCAACAAUAAGAACCUGUUUCAGGAAGACGGUCAGUCUACCAGCCCUGAUGUCCCACCAGCUCUGCCCCCAAAAACGGGUACGCCAACAAGACCACCUCCUCCACCUCCAGGUCAGUACAAGCAAUUGAGAUAGCAAUCAAAUGUCUCCUAGCAAAAAGAUAAAUUUAGUCAAAAUUGGUCUCAGAGAUGAUUUCAGGACUCAGUGCCAGCAAGUUUUAGCUGUUUGAAGUGAAGAAAAUUUGUUCAGUUCUUUUCCCCGUGCCUGUUUGCACCAGGUAAGAGAUCAUCCAUCUCCAGAACGGAGUCGUCUGACUCCUUCCAGCGGCGAGGGCACUUCCCUGCAGGAGAAUUUUCCUCCUCCUCCUCCUCGUCCUCCCUACCUGCUAAGGAUCCUUUAGCUGACCCCUUCGCCCCCUCCUCCCCUCCUCGUCACAACGUACGGGAAGCUGACCGAUUUGCCAGCUUUGACAAAGUGAGCACCUCCCUCUCGCCCUCUCCCUCACCUUCAACUGACUCUCAGUAGUCAUGCCCUUUUCUCUUUUAUUUCCCUGCUAACAAAACACAUGAAGUUUUAUUCAAUUCCAAACACAAAGCAAAUGAAGCCAGCUUUGUAAUCACUCCAUCCACUGCCAUUAUUAAGUCCCAAAGAAGCGAACCGAUCAGCUGAUUUACUUUUCGCUCAGUAGCAUGACUUAUUGAUGCUACGUUUGUUUGUAAAUAACUCCUUAUUUGGAAGUGAAGCUGAUAUUAAGUGAUUAACACUUGAGUAUAUGAGUUCGGUUUUUCGCAUCCUGUAUGCUGACAGUGUCUGUGUUUAGAUUUGUACUCUGAAUGCGAUAAUGCCACAGAAAGACGCUCUAUAUUUGUAAUUAUUUUUUAAUGCUAAUGGGUGUUGGGACUGCACUUAAUUCCUAUGAUUGAAGUCACACUCAUGGUGGAAAUGUAUAGAAAUGUAAGUACGCUAAUAAAAGAUGAAUAGAUAUAUUACCUCUGCAAUAUAUGCAAAGGAGCAGACCGAUAUCCUGUAAGAAGUAAAUAUUGGUGAAUUGCAUCUUCAUGGUUGGCAGUGAAUGGAGAGAUGAGAGGCUGCUUGUGUUUCGCCUUUGUCAGUACCCCAACUCAGUUUACUGACAUCAUAUCCUGUAUAUGUGUAUAUUACUUCUGAAUAUUAAAAUCGUGUUAUGAAGGUUAAAUCUCUUAUUUAAUGCACCUUUUUCCUCAGAGACAUCAUUUCAGGUGCAUUUUAAGCGCCCACUUUUGCAAAGUGGUUAUUAAUUUGUUUGAAUAGUAACUGGGCUAACAGUCGAUAUAUUGCUGAGCUUGCACAACAAACGCCCGCAGGAAUUCCACUCGCUGACCUUGACCAACAUGACGCAGUAUGAUGCCUGUUGCGUCAUAAGAGAGAUCCAAUACGAUGGAGGUAUAUAGGUCGCUCGCUGUGUUUUAAAAAGCUCGGUGAUUGCACAGCUUUAGAAAACGUUUGUAAAGCUUCUUUUAAAGGGGUCUUUUGAGAAGUUUAUGUUUUUUGUAAAGACUGAGAGUGGAGUAGUUAAACUAAUAAAAAUGACAUUCUAACAGCACAGUAAAAAGGGGACAACUGUUAAAUGUGUUUUUCCACUCACUUAUUAAGAAAUGUUCAAAUAUUUCAGUAUCUAACACUGAAAAAAAAAAAAGCCAAAUCACAGUAUAUCUGUCGUGGCAACAAAAAAGGAAAAGGAGUCUGUGCAUCUGUUGUUUUGGCAAGAAAGAAACCAACAACAGUAUUUAACUCUUAUCAGCUCUUCUGUUUGUAAUACUGCAAGGACUCUUAGUUUGGGCCGACUGUUUUUAAAAGGCAGUUUUGAUUCUAGUCUCUCUCCACCCGCCACACGCUUGCACCCUGCAUGUCCAUAUCAAACUCUGACCUGCACACGCUUACCCACCCACCCACUCAAACAACCACCCCUCUGCCAUUCCUUUAUACACUAUUUAUUCAUCCAUGAGUCUCUUCAUCCUGCCAUCCCUUCAUUCACCAGUUCCUCUAACCCUCGUCUGGUCAGCAGUGUGUUGUGGAAAAAAACAAAUGGCCUGUAUUCUCUCUUUGUGUGUGUGUCUUUACAUCUUCUGUCAAAACAAAAAAAGUUUAAAUAAAGAGUUGAAUCAAGGGCACUAUCUCUGGCUUCUAUAUGCAUCCAUGACAUCACUCUCUGCAAAUGCUCAGGUUCUUGAAGGACCAGAUAAAGAUUUUGCAUUUGCUGUUCAAUAACCACAAGUUGUGAAGAUACUUGAAAAUAGCUGCAGGUACUUUUUGCAGAGCAUCAUAUUUGUGAAUUUUGUCCGACUGAACAAACCUUCCACUUACACCUUAAUAGCAUUACUUUAAGACGAUGAAGGUGUUGGUGUAAUUUGACACUACCUUGUCUCUGCACAUUCAUAUUCAUAAAGCUGUCUUCCUUUCAAAGUGGUUAAAAAAGUUGUAAAAAGACAUUUUAAAGGACUUAAAAUGAAGAGGGUUUGUUGUAAAUAAUCUAAAACACGUUAGAAUACCUGUUUGGUCCUUUCAAGUGCCAGAGGUUUUUUUAAAUCAAAUUCUAUCAAAUCACUUAAAACAAAAGUAUUAAAUAUGUGUAGGCUUUCUUUUGGUUUACAUUUCAAACACAUCAUUCAUCCUCUUUAGUGCUUUUAGGAUCGGUUUAUAUCUUAAAAGCAGCAGCAGGAUUUACAAAUGGAAAUAUACACUUUAAAGAAAUAUAAAUGCAUGCUUUCUUCUCAAUCCAUUAGAGGUUUCUGGAUUUAUUUUCUUCAUGCAUGUUUUGCUAAAUCAUCAUCUCUAAAAUACCUGCAAGUGAAUGUUGUCAUUGCUGCCGCCAACUUUCCUUUGCAUGGCUACAAUCACACCAGAUCACCUGUAAUUCUUCUUUGUUUGUGUCCUCUCUGUUACAGAUAACAAUGAAUUAGGCUACUGUGUUCUAACAUUCACCUUUUGCUCUUGUUGUGAACCUUUAAAGCUGACUUCAAUUCACGUAACUCUUGUGUGGACACCCUGAUAGUUCAAAUGCUUGUUCCCCAUGUCGUAGAUUGAGUUCAUGUAAUGGCACACACCUAAGAGAAAAAUACAGGUAAUCCCUUACUGAUCGAGGAGAUCACACGUUAAUGGUUUGUAGAUCACAUUUGGUCUCACCAUGCAUGGAUGUAGCUUAGUUUGUUCAGGUUGUCUGUUUAAUCCACCCACAAACACUGUGGAUCCACUGUUAGAUUUUAUCUCUCUAAUGAAGAUCCAUUAAACUGUAGAGGGCCUAUUUCUAUGUAUCACCACUGUUAAAAACAGAUUAAUUGGCUUUAGCGAUCAUUGAUGGAUCACUGUCAGCAUACGAGGUUAAGAGAUAAACAACAAGACAUUACAAGCAGUAUUAGACUUAGAUUUAAACUAAAGCACUCCUGGUUUAAGUAUCUAUACAGACAGUUUCUGUUGUGGCAUCUUCUCCCUUCAAUCAGGAUGACAAAGAUGUCAAAGUGCCAAACAAAGAGAACGACAGCACUGUCAACUAUAUUACAACAGCUCCAACAGGGCCUGAUGUGUUAGGGAGAUUAUGAUGUGUAUCUGGAAACACUGGACUCUGUGAUACAAAUCACUGAAAAUCUGUUAACUGUAUGUGUUUAACUGUAUGUGUUUGUCUCUGUUUGUUUCUCUUUUCCCUCGUUUUUCUGUCCAUAUGUGGGUCCUUCUGGCCUCCCUGUUACGUGUGUGCGUGUGUUUGUGUGUUUGUGUGUGUGUAUGUGUCAUUACUCAUGGAGCAGUAUCCCACAGAAGAAGACAUGAUAGAGUGGGCAAAGCGCGAGAGCGAGCGAGAGGAAAAGGAGCGACUUGCCCGGCUCACCCAGCAGGAGCAAGAAGACUUGGAGCUUGCCAUCGCACUCAGCAAGUCUGAACUCUCCUGA